AUGAAGGAGAGGCUGAAGAACGCUUACUCCGCCGUCCGCAAGGAGUUCCGGGCCGUCUUCGAGAUCGUCGAGACGCCGGUCCAGACCGAGGACGUCUUGGACGACGACGAGAGGAACCGGGUGUACGAGAUGAAGGCCUCGACGUGGUACCAAGUGACCUACCACCCUAAAUGGGUCCAGCGUUGGAGGGAGGCGCUGGAGCCCGACCGCGAGGAGGAGGAGGACGCGUCGGCGAGGCUUAGCUUCGCGUGGAUCUCGGUCGAGCACCUGGUGCGGAUCAAGAUACGGUGCCGUGGGGGAGCGAAAGCAGGCCGCUGGAGGCCCAUUGAGAGGCUCGCUGCCUACAUGUUUGGGAGCCUUUGA